UAAACUAGCUAAAACCAACCAGCUUAUGCUGGUUUACAUGUUUUUUCUUUCUAGCGUGGUUAUUAGAUUAGAUUUUAUUUUCAGCGCACAGCAUCUCUAUCUGUUUGCCUGCUGUGUUUUGUAUUACUAUCCCCCAGCCUCCAAGAGAUACAGAAAUCUGCUGACAUCAUUGUCCAAGACCCACUUGCUGAAGGGAGAGCAUGAAGAAAGGAGAGAAAGAGAGAGAGGGAGGGGGAGAGUGAGGUUAGGAGGCAGCACAGCAGUAAGGAAGGGAGGGGUAAUGAGAGCGACAGAGAGUCCGAAUGGGGCGGGCGUUCUAGUAAUCAGAGAGAAUACUGCAGCUCACACUCAGAUUUCCCAUGCUCUUACCGGCGUGUCUCUGCAGCCCCUCUCUCUCUUUCUCACAUGCACACUGACAUAAAUGCACACGCAGUUAACACGGAUCUGUAUCUUUGCGCUGAGGAGAGAACAUCCUAUACUCGUUUUCUCUGUCCUUGGUUUGCUAGCUCCUGUUUUUUAGGCAGUGCGUCAGAGGCUGUGCCACACGGAUAUGCCCGGUGAGACAGCACAUCGGAGCGGCCCCACGCAGGGCCUUCUGGACUCUGGAGACCCACAAUCAGAGCUGCCAGGACCAGAUUUCUCUGGUCAAACAUCCAGCUCUUCAGCCUCAACUCCAACAGACAGUGCCUCCAGUCCUUCUCCCAGCAGCCCUCCAAAACUCUCCCCACUAUCUACUCCUUUUGGACCCCGUCUGGUAAUGGCCAAACCAACCACUUCUCCUCGCCCACAGCCUGAGGGUGCAAGUUUUGACUUAGAAGGGCAUUCUGGAACUAUCGGCCGACCAAUGGGGCGGUUUGGUAGAGGAGCCUACAGACGAGGUCCUAUGAAAAUGGAACGGAUCAAAGUCCUGACUGGAUCAGAAAUAGAAAGUGACUUUCAAGAGCCAGAGACCAUGGACUCAAGGGUGGUAAUGGGGCAAGAGGCGUUGCUGAGAAACAUGGAGACACAGAGUGGAAUGCUGCUAGGAAAACAGAUAGGUCAAGAAAUGUCUAGUUCAGGACACCAGCCCUCAGAACCCUUCAAGAAAGGUCAUAUUGGGCUGGAUGAAAAAGCAAAACUAGACACUGGUCAGGUGAGUUCUAUUGUAGAUCAGGGUAAGAGUUUGACUUCAGUCCCAGAACAGGAGAAAACCAUAAGUCAGACACUUGAAUGUCAAGUCCUAGAGUCCAAAGUGGGAGAUGCCGAAUUGACAGACAGCAGUACUCUUUUCCCAGACAAUGAGGGAGAGCCACUGUCUUUAUCUCAGGGUGAAGUGCCUUCCUUGUCAUUUUCCGAGCCUCCCUAUGUUGUUGACCCACAACGCAUUGGUGUCCUUCCAGGACUAGAUCCUGAUCGCUACUAUACAGCCCCUUCCACUCCCAUUAAGAUGGCUUAUUGCUCACAUCUCAAGCAACAAUGGCGCCCAGGGAGCCCAAGCCAAAGUCCGGGUUCUCCAACUGAUGAGUCUGAUCUGUGCUCCCCUCCUACCUCUCCCUCUGGCUCCUACAUGACUGCUGAGGGAGGCAGCUGGACUUCAUACACCUCCAGCACCUCCCACUCCUGCUCCCCAAACUUAACAGCUGAGACAGAGUUGCAAGAAGCUCCUGCUUGCUACGUGGAGUCCCUCUCAGAGAUAGGCGAUGAGCUCGGAGAUGAGCGAACUGGUAAUGAGAGAGAUGCUUGCCUGGGUAAACCUGAUAUGCCAGAGUUGCUGGAAGAUGUGGCCUGUGAGGUGGAUACACUAACAAGAGACACAUGUAGGCCUCACUGGGUGACAGAACAUGUUUCUAUACAAGAGAGCAGCAGCAGCAGCAAGAAAAACACAGACUACCAACAGGACACAGUGAUGCCUGAGGGCUCUCUUAGGCCUAGAAAUUUCCAGAGAAACCCUGAUGCAACUCAAAGCUUUAAUGAUCCACAUCACAGUCUUGAAAUGAAUUUUAAUGCCUGUUUCUCAGAGCCAUCUAUGAGCUUGGAUCCUCUUCUAACACCAGAGGAUAAUGCAACUUCUGCACUUGAUGGAGAGAACAAAACCCCUGUCACCCACUCUCCAGAGACUGUAGACGUAGACAGUAAUAGUGUAUAUCUUGAGAUAGGAUCCUCUGUUCCUCUGUUCCAUGGCUACUCUAGGGAGGAUGGGCCAGAGAGUGAUGCAAUGAUUCCUGCUUCUAUGUUGCCUUUCCAUGGAAGCCUGAUAUUCCAGGCAGAUUCCAUGGAUAUAACCCUGUUCCCCACAGAUGAUGAGCAGGGGAAUGAUGUGGAUGCAUAUGCUGCUGGAGAAGAGGAAGCCGAUGUAGAUGAGUAUGAUGAUGAGGAUGACGAAGAUGAAUGUGACGAUGAAGAUGUGAAUAAUGACAAUGAUGCUGAGCAGAAAGCUGAGGCAGCUUUGAGGGGUGAAAGAGGAGUGGAAGACCCAAAUGAAGACGACACCUCUGCAUCUUUUCUAAAUUCCCUUUCAGAGAACUCAAUAAACGAGGGUGUAGAUGAGUCCUUUGCUUAUCCAGAUGACACUGAGGAGUCAAUUGAUUCCACGUCUUAUAACGGGGAUGAAGAUGACCAUCUGUACUGCACAGAAAAGCAUGCUGAACUCUCCCAACAGUUCCCUGGGCCAGAUGAACCCGUGCAGUCAGUAAGCCAUGCAAAACCUGAAUCCUCUGGCAGUGAGAGUGAAAUGGAGAUAUCCUCCGAAUCAUCUGAGCUCCUACAUGUAGAAUUGCAAGGGAAUCUGGCAGACUGCAAUGUUCAUGAUGAAAGUGUAAUUGCACAACAAAUUUCAGAUACAAAGUUGCUUAAGGGUGAGCUUUCAAAAGGAUUGACUAUACAGAUCAAAACAAUGGAUGAGCAAGGCAAACAGAGUACAGAUCCCUCAACAGUCAUGGUAACAUCAGAGAAAGGACAGCAGAUCCCCACAGAUAAUCCAACAUCAUCUGUUGAUCAAGACAAAGUAAAACAAACUCAUGGUACAAAUGAUUCCUGUGUGGCAGGUGCUACAGCUGCUGACGUGUGCUAUGAGGCUAAUAUAGGUGAUAGCCAGGAACUGGAUCAAAAAAAUGGAAAUAGCAUGGACUUGAUGGACACAUCACUGCAGCUAGCUGAAACUGCAACCAAUGACCUAAAUAAGGGAGUCCCCCAACUAACAUACCUUGAUGACUGCAGCCCCACAAACAUUCCAGUUUGUGCCUAUCCUGAACUGUGUGAGGUGCCAGAUAACUUAACUUCAGCUGAUGUUUUACCAUUUGAACGUUCUAUGAAUCAAGAUAAUCUGACAGAGAAUCAGCCUAGCAAUGAUGUAAACCAUAGCUCUCAAAAUAUGUCCUGCUCCACAUACAGCAGACUUGUUAUUUCUCCAAAGAAAGAGAACUCUGAGAGCAGCAUUACAGAAAGGGAACUUUACACUGAGAGCUGGACACCAAGGGAUCCCUUGUCUUUAGGUGAAUGCUGUGACUUUGAAGCUGAAAAUCUGCUCAUGUGUGAAAUAGCAAGAUCAGUGCACAGUAAGGGUUUGUCUGUCGCUCAUAACAUUGAGGCUGGAGAAGACAUAAUAGGUGAUGAUGAGGACAACAACCGAUAUUGUGACCUCCAAGAGAAGAUGGCAGACAUUGAUGUUGGUGUGGUUGAGUCAAACAUUGCCAGCUGGAGAUCGAUCCAAGAUCUUUCAGAGGCUGGAGGGGGUGAGGAUGAUGCAAAUAACCUUCAAAAUCCAGAUAGCAAUCCGAUCAUACAUUGCAGUUCUGAUAAGGGUCUGGUGUCAUCGUGGAAUGAUCCAGAAAAAACUUGCACACCCCUAAUUCUUAGUGGUACAUCAGAACUUGCAUUGAAUAUGCUUUCAGAUGAUGGAAAAGAUGUAAAAGAUCAAACUCCAAAUACAGACUUCAACAUUCCAGAGGAUUUAUCUUCAGACACAUUAAGGAAGGAAAAUGCUGAAAAAACUUCAACAGACUCAACAGAAAAAACUUCAGAACAGCCUCAGGAUCUGGAAUCUUGUCAAGAACCUGAUAAAGUCUCAUUAACAUCAGCCAUUUCCACGGAACACAUUGAUCUCUGUGGAUCUUCUUCAAAAACACUAAUUUCUACCCAAUCAGAUCAUCUUGGUGCAGUUUCAAACCAGGAUCAUUCAAAUUCUCAACAAAUUACCCAAACAAACACCAACUCUGUCUCGCAAAACAAGCUUGCAUUCAACUUGCAAGGAGGAUCAUUUGGCACCUUCACAUUCAGAAAGAAACCAACUGAUUUAAAGACUGUGGACUCCUUAGAAACAGCAGUUCUCCAACAGAGUUCUGUCUCACAUAAAGAGACAUCAAAUUCAAAUGAUGGGGCUUCAAAUGAGGUUAUGGGGGAGAAAGUAAUUCAAUUAAGAGGAAACAUCAAAAAUGAAACUGUAAAUGAUGAAUCUAAAAGCGCUGACAGACAACUUGAACAAGAGACUACAACUGGCCCUCAGGAUCAGGAGAAAGAUAAAUUUGACUCAGAUGAGAGGGGGGAAAAUGGGUCAAAAACAGGUCAAAAGAGUGAGGCACAAGAUUUUACAGAGACUGUUUCAUUUCUGGAGCAGAACAAAAAGCUUGAUGGUGAUUCACAUAAAUCAGGUCUUUGUCAAGCUGAGAGUGAUGAGGCAACACCAAAAACAGCACAGAAUGCUAAUUCAGGUCAUGCCACAGAACCAAAGGUAAUUGAUCCCCUUAAAACCAACAUUGCAGCUUUAGCCUCAAUGGAUAAUGAACAGAUCCAGUGCCAAGAAAAGGAAAUAGAGACUACAGGUAAUCAAGUGGCAAGCUUUGAUAUAUGUUCAGUGAGAGAGGAAUUUGGUGAAACUCAGCAUAAAGAGGAUGUCUCUAUACCAGAGAACACUGAACCUGUUCAAACACCAGAACAAUCAAUUUUUCACUCUCCUGACCCUAGCUGUAUUGAUCCAAAUGAGUCUGUUCAUACAGAACCAGUGGUUGCAACUCAGACAACAGACCUUACAAGGCCAGAUGAGCAGAAAGUACUUUCAGACAGUUCUUUGAGCAGAUUAAGUUUGACAGAAAGCACAAGAGACAUCAACGACAAUCACGUAGGGGGCAGUUCACCCCUCAGGGUGGACAGCUCAGAACAAGACAGGGUCUCUCCCACAUGUUCAUCCACAGUUGUCCAGGAGGAAGAUCUCUCCACCCCCAUUCAGGAGUCACAGCCUGUCCAUGACAUUUCCCAAUCAUCUGAUGUCCUCUCACAUAUUCAAUCACCUCCAGACAACAAACCCAGCCAGCCUGACUCUGAAAGUCCCCUUCAAACCACUGGAAUAUGCAGUACGGAAUUAGCAGCAUGGGAAUCUGAGGAACAAACACAGACUUUGCUUCUUAUUCAAGACACAUGCCAUCAUGAAAGUCAGAGAACAGUCAUGACUGCAAAACCAUGCAGAUGUGAGAACACUCCAGUAUGUAUGGGACACAGAACAGAACAGUCCCAGCCCACAACAUCCAUUGGACAAACAGACAGUCCCCGUGCCCAAAGAACACUGAAUGAGUCAGAUGAGAUAGAGACUCUACCUUGCAUCAGUCCAAGACCAGACUCCUUGGUAAAAACUCAGCAAAACCAAGCUGAGCGACAGAGUAUAGAGCAAGAUUUAUGCUCAAAUAUCUACAGAUCAAAAGGCCCAGAGGACGUGGAUCUCCCCUUCAAAAACAACAGUUCAGGUAAUGAAACAGACAGUGAUGGUUCAGUGCCUGAGUUAGAGGAACCCAGUGGCACAUUGCCGAGACCCUCAAAUCCACAGUUAUCUCACUCUCCUGCCGACGAGUCUGUUAGCAGAGCUAAGCAGAGUCGAAGUGAGAAAAAAGCACGAAAGGCGAUGUCAAAGCUCGGGCUGAAACAGAUCCACGGAGUGACACGCAUCACCAUUCGGAAGUCCAAGAACAUUCUCUUUGUUAUUACACGUCCAGAUGUGUUCAAAAGCCCUGCCUCAGAUAUUUACAUAGUCUUUGGAGAGGCCAAGAUCGAAGACCUCUCACAGCAGGUUCACAAGGCAGCAGCAGAGAAAUUUAAGGUUCCUCUUGAUCCCUCACCUCUGCCAUCAGACAUCACACCAAGCCUGACCAUAAAAGAAGAAAGUGAGGAAGAAGAAGAGCUGGAUGAAGGUGGGCUGGAGCAAAGAGAUAUCGAGCUGGUGAUGGCACAGGCCAAUGUGUCCCGAGCUAAAGCAGUCCGUGCCCUGCGCCACAACAAGAAUGACAUUGUCAAUGCCAUUAUGGAGCUGACCAUGUAAGAGAGGAAAAUACAUCUUCCCCGCCCCUUGCGUGUUUUCUUUCCCAAGUAAUGCUGCUAUACUGCACCCUCCUGCUGAAAUAAAUCUGUUAAAACCAGAGCUGUUUGUUUCCCAACAUUAUCUACAAAUCACAUAAAUGCACCUUAAAGACAAAAAAUGUAUAGUCAAACAUUUUGAACAUACUUUUAAUAUUGCCUUAAUGGCUCGGAUGGUAGAUCAGAGGAUUGUAGAAAUAAAAGCUUAAGUCCUCAAAA